UUCGCAACGGAGCAGUGAGAGUACUUCGCUCUUCUUUAACAUUCUGUUUUGUAAUUCACUUCAUUAAUAAAUAAUACUUAGCCUACUCGCUGUCAUGGCGGAAUCUACAGCUUGCCCCGCAUUCCAAUUGGGGAUACCUCGUUAUGAUCAGAGCCGCUUUUAUGGCAGGUUGAGACACUUUCUGGAUGUGAUCGACCCCCGCACCCUUUUUGUGUCAGAGAGUCGUCUUAAUGAGUGUAUGAAACUUCUGGAUGAUUUUAAACAUGGGACACUUCCACCUGGAGUGACAAAUGGGCAGCUUUGGGAUGCUCAGAAAAUCAAGCAGGCCAUCAUUCACCCUGAUACAGGGGAGAAGAUCUUCAUGCCAUUUCGGAUGUCAGGUUAUGUCCCGUUUGGAACACCAAUAGUAGUGGGCCUCCUCCUUCCUAAUCAAACUCUCGGAUCAACAGUGUUCUGGCAGUGGCUGAACCAGAGUCACAACGCUUGCGUUAACUUCUCCAACCGCAAUGCCACGAAGCCAACGCCGGCCUCCAGGUUCGUCCAGGGCUACCUGGGUGCAGUGACGAGUGCGGUCUCCAUCGCAGUGGGGCUGAAUGUUAUGAUCCAGAAAGCCCAGAGGUUCAGUCCGGCGACUCGUCUACUGGUACAGAGGUUCAUUCCCUUUCCAGCUGUCGCUGGUGCCAACAUCUGCAAUGUGGGCCUUAUGAGGCACAAUGAGCUGGCAGAGGGCAUUGAUGUGCUGGAUGGCAAUGGCAACGUGGUGGGCUCCUCCAAGAUCGCUGCCAAGCACGUGAGUGGCACUGGGGAGGGCCCAGCAGGCCAAGAGAGGGUCACCCCAGAAUCUUCAGAUGAGAUUCUCUGCUUCUUAACUACAGGAUGUUCUGGCACUUAUAGAGACAGCUCUGACUCGAGUGGUGCUACCCAUGCCAAUUAUGGUGUUCCCUCCCAUGAUAAUGGCUUUCCUGGAAAAACUCCCUCUCCUGCAGACCCACAGGAGGCUGGUUCUGCCCGUACACAGUCUUGUGUGUCUGGUAGCGUUUGGCCUGUCUUUGCCUGUGGCCAUCAGCCUCUUCCCGCAGAUGUCCCAGAUUGAGGUGUCCCAGCUAGAGCCAGAGAUCGCCAAGGCAACAGACAGCAAGGUUGUCACCUACAACAAGGGUCUGUAGCCAAUGGCAGCGGAGACAUGAAAGGAGGAUGCGAAACAUGAGGGAAUCUUGCACUUUUGUUAUGCAGUCAAGGUCUUCCCAUCAGCUACCACCAGGUGGCGAUACUCCCAACAUGAUCCUUUUUUAAUGUAGCAUAGACACAGAAAGGCAGAUACCGUAGAGUUUAUGACAGUGUUAUCUGGUGUUGUGUGAAGUGGGCAAAACCACUGAGGAGGAAUAAUCAACAAUGGAAUAAGUCCUAUGAUUUUGCAUUUGGGGGAAGCCCUGGUGUAUUAGUGUGGGGAAACAGUAACAGUUUCAAUCAGCUGGGCAUAGACCACUGAGGGAUGUAACUGACCAAGUGUUAACAGUCGCACUCUAAAGAAUGCUUACAGUAAGUAACUGGACUGUAACACAUUAAUAACUUUUGUUAGUAUUUUCCUUUAGUGAUUGGCAGAAAUGCUCCUGAGUUUGUCUUCCCAUCAUUAACUUUCCUUUUAUUUCAGCUCAUGCUGAAAUCAGUGUUUUUAAGUUAUUGCAUGCCAUGUGGUGUCCAGGGGUCAAGAAAGCUUGGAUCUUACACAUAAGACUCCUGUUCAAAUCCAUGCAAACCAUUUUCCCUAUCCCUGAUUGUGAACCCUGAUUGUGCAAGCCUCACGCAAAUGCACACAUGCUCUCACAUUCUUACAUGAAUGCACACUCCCUUAAAUUCACGUGCUGACAAUCAGACACAUUUAAAUACACACUAAAUCACGUGAACAAAAUCGCCACCUUUACGUGUGUACACACUGUAAAGGUCAACACCCCUACCCAAACAAUUUUACCGCAACACUCGUUUGACAUAACUAUGCAAAAACCAUACAGUUCUGCUCACCAGAAGUGCCCCUAGGCUAACACUGCCAACUGCUCCAGGCUCCAAAACUGAGCCCUGAAUGAAGCUUGCUAUGUCAUAUUUUUUAUUUGCAACAAUAAUUUCACAUGGCUGCACAUAACUAAUUUACUGUACGAGGUACAGAUACAGAAAUCCCACCAAAAUAGUUUGGAAAAUACCUACAGUUGUGUUCAAAAUAAUAGCAGUCCAACAUGACUUACCAGAUCAAUCACUGUUUUUGGUAGAAAAUAUAUUACUACAUGGCAAAUAAUUUACCAGUUGGUGUAGUAGAGUCAUAGAAAACAAACAGACCCAACAUUCAUGAUACACAUGCUCCUGAGUCUGUGUAAUUGAAUAAUUAAUUGAAAGAGGCGUGUUCAAAAUAAUAGCAGUGUGGAGUUCAAUUAGUGAGGUCAUUCAUUCUGUGAAAAAACAGGUGUGAAUCAGGUGGCCCUUAUUUAAGGAUGAAGCCAGCACGUUUGCAUGCAUUUCUCUCUGAGAACCUGAAAAUGGGUCGUUCCAGACAUUGGUCAAAAGAACAGCGUACUUUGAUUAAAACGUUGAUUGGAGAGGGAGAAACGUAUAAAGAAGUGGAGAAAAUAAUAGGCUGCUCGGCUAAAAUGAUCUCCAAUGCUUUAAAAUGGAAAGCAAAACCAGAGAGACGUGGAAGAAAACGAAAGACUACCAUUCGAAUGGAUCGAAGAAUAGCCAGAAUGGCAAAGACUCAGCCAAUGAUCAGCUCCAGGGUGAUCAAAGACAGUCUGAAGUUACCGGUGAGUACUGUGACAAUUAGAAGAUGCCUGUGUGAAGCUAAUCUAUCGGCAAGAAGCCACCGCAAAGUCCCACUGUUAAAAAAAAAAAAAAAGACACGUGCUGAAGAGGAUACAAUUUGCCAAAGAACACAUCAACUGGCCUAAAGAGAAAUGGAGAAACAUUUUGUGGACUGAUGAAAGUAAGAUUGUUCUUUUUGGGUCCAAGGGACGCAGGCAGUUUGUCAGACGACCACCAAACACUGAAUUCAAGCCACAGUACACUCUGAAGACAGUGAAGCAUGGUGGUGCAAGCAUCAUGAUAUGGGGAUGUUUCUCUUACUAUGGUGUCAGGCCUAUUUAUCGCAUACAAGGGAUCAUGGAUCAGUUUGCCUAUAUCAAAAUACUUGAAGAGGUCAUGUUGCCUUAUGCCGAAGAGGAAAUGCCCUUGAAAUGGGUGUUUCAACAAGACAACGACCCCAAACACACCAGUAAGCGAGCAGCAUCUUGGUUCCAGACCAACAAAAUUAAAGUUAUGGAGUGGCCAGCCCAAUCCCCGGACCUUAAUCCGAUUGAAAACUUGUGGGGUGACAUCAAAAAUGCUGUUUCUGAGGCAAAACCAAGAAAUGCAGAGGAAUUGUGGAAUGUUGUCAAAUCAUCCUGGGCUGAAAUACCUGUUCAUAGGUGCCAGAAGUUGGUCGAUUCAACACAGAUGUGAAGCAGUUCUCAGAAACCGUGGUUAUACAACUAAAUAUUAGUUUAGUGAUUCACAGGAAUGCUAAAUCCUGAAGAUUUUUCAGUUUAUACAGUAAAUAUUUGAGUUUGUAAAGAAAAAUGCAGACACUGCAAUUUUUUUGAACAGCCCAAUAUUCAUUUUUCUUCAUUUUCUGUAAAGUAAUUAAAAAAUGGACACAUUUUUCUUCAUGUUUUGAUUUAGGAUAUAAUGUGCAGUGUUCCCAAUGCAUCGAAAUAAAAACUAUUAUAAGGAUUUUGAGCUUUACUCACAUUUUUAAACACACUGCUAUUAUUUUGAACACAACUGUACAAAUGUGACUUUAAUAUUAAAUAGAAUUAAAUAUCUGCUGAUAUGAACAUAACAUUUUUUUAAUAUUAACUAUAGUGUGAUAAUGUUCAGUAUAUGAUUUGUCAGACACAUUAUGAAAUGUCCUGAUUUCAUUCUGUUGAACUGAGUCAACGUUUCUUGCUUUCUCAUUUAAUAUCAAAAGUGGACGUGCACUUUGUGUUUAAACAAACUUCUCUUCCUGCAUUAAAGAUAUUUGAUAUGAAUUAACAUAUGGACUGAAUGCUUAAAAAUGUUGAAUAAUAAUAUAUUUAUACACAGUU